GUGGACACCGGGGACUGCCCUGUCUGUGCUGCGUUGUUGUCAUUGUGUCCCGCUCUGCUGUCUUCUCAACGCUUGUCUCCAGCAGACGUUUGCUUUUUAAGGACAAGCGUCUGUGCCUGCUCUCCUCCCGUCCCUGGGAGGAAGACCUCAAGAGGGUAGUGUCCCUGUCAUGUCUGAGCAACCCAGUGAGUCGCUAGGCAUACCAGAUGCAUGCCUGGUCAGAUCUGGGCAAGUGGCAGGGCCCAAGAGAAAGGAUGGCGGCUCCGUUCACCUUUGUCACGGUCAGGAAGAAGCCAGCUUCUUUUGGGGGUCUCCACUUACCUCCUUAGUUUCCCCAUCUGCAAGCUGGGGGUGUACCAAAUCAGAGAGCCAGGGGCUGGCCUGUUGCAGAGAAGAGUGGGGGACCUGGGCACAGGGGUUUCCUGUCCCUUCAACAGAAGUAGCACUGGAGUGUAAAGGCCCUGAAAAUGAGAAUACACCCGAGUUCCCCAAGCCCUGCCCCUAUUAGUGAACCCACAGGCGUGCCAAGCUCUUGGCCACUCCUGCCACAGAUCGGUCACCAGGACACAGUCUUUCUGUGAAAAGCUUUCCAAAGCUUUUCUGGUAGUGUACACGCUUGUGCACCCACGCCUAGGUGGAGUGCCUGGGGCUAGUGUGCCACCCCAGUCUACGAAGUCAAUCCCAGCUAUGUUUCGGCGUUGGUUAGGCGUGGCGCUAUUGAGUCUGGAUCCACCCACAUCUCAUUUGGGAGGCCCAUUCAUUUGCCAGCAGUUCAUGCUCAUUUCUCUUACUGCCAUCUUGUGGUCAAAGGCUGACACUGCUUCACCUGUGCACACCUCCUGCCUGACUGCUGACUGUUUUGGAAAGAGGAAAUUUUCUUCAGAUCACUGACCUAAUACUGCCACCCAUGAGUCCUGGGGCUCAGCUUGUCCUGCAGGAAGCCCUACUGCCAUCCCCAGAGAAUCUUCUCACCAAGAUUCCUUAUUUAGGGUUUUCUGGCCACCAUUAGUCCCUUUCUUCCAAGGCAUUCUAGGGACCCCAGGCCCUUUAGCUCUCUGGUCCUCCAGGCCGAAUGCCAGACUUUCCUACCAGGUGGCCACAAAGACACUGGCCUCUGGGCUCUUCUGGCCUCCAGCUUCUCCUUGUAGCCUGGCCUCAAAUGACUGCCUCGGCCUUCUUUGUACCACUGUUCCAGGCCUUAUCCUAGAGACCUCCUUAUGCGUCCAGGGGUCCUCUCCAACUGCAUCUCCCUUUCCAGUGCAGCAGAGAGGUUCCCCUGAGGACCUUAGUGGCCGCAUUGCCUCAGAGAUCAGAUGGUGGGUGGGUUUUGCAAGGUGGAGCUGCAGUCACGUCAUUCAGCCUUCCCAAUACAGUCCUGCUGGAGGCAGUCUGCAUUGCGUGGCCUCACCAAGAGAAUACUAUUCUCAGUGUCACUCCAGAGAGGACACCGAAGCACCAGGAGGCCAAGCAGCAAGAGCAGGAGGAGGCCAUGCUCUGAGCUCCUUCAUCUCUGGAACCUGGAGGGACUAUCUGGGGCCACUGCCGGUGGAAUGGCCAGCCUGCAGGAGGCCAAUGGAAGCACAGCGUGGCCACCGCCUGCAGCAUCCAAUAUCAGUGAGCCCCACCAAUGCCUGCUACUGCUCUAUGAGGAUAUCGGCUCCUCCAGGGUCCGGUACUGGGACCUCCUGCUGCUGAUUCCCAAUGUGCUCUUCUUCAUCUUCCUGCUCUGGAAGCUUCCUUUAGCUCGGGCCAAGAUCCGUGUCACCUCCAGCCCCAUUUUUAUCACCUUCUACAUCUUGGUGUUUGUGGUAGCUCUGGUAGGCAUUGCCAGGGCUGUGGUUUCUAUGACAGUCAGUGCCUCUGAUGCUGCGACAGUUGCUGACAAGAUCCUGUGGGAGAUCACCCGCUUCUUCCUGCUAGCCAUUGAGCUGAGUGUGAUCAUCCUGGGCCUUGCCUUUGGUCACCUAGAGAGCAAGUCCAGCAUCAAGCGGGUGCUGGCUAUCACCACAGUACUGUCUCUGGCCUACUCGGUCACCCAGGGGACCCUGGAGAUCCUGUACCCCGACUCCCAUCUUUCAGCUGAGGAUUUCAACAUCUAUGGACAUGGUGGCCGCCAGUUCUGGCUGGUCAGCUCUUGCUUCUUCUUCCUGGUCUACUCACUGGUGGUAAUUCUCCCCAAGACCCCACUGAAGGAGCGUGUAUCCCUGCCCUCACGGAGGAGUUUCUACGUGUAUGCAGGCAUCCUGGCCACACUCAACUUGCUGCAGGGGUUGGGGAGUGCUCUGCUGUGCGCCAACAUCAUUGAGGGCCUCUGCUGUGUGGAUGCCACUACCUUCCUAUACUUCAGCUUCUUCGCCCCGCUCAUCUAUGUGGCCUUCCUCCGUGGCUUCUUUGGCUCAGAGCCCAAGAUCCUUUUCUCCUACAAAUGCCAAGUGGAUGAGGCUGAAGAGCCAGACAUGCACCUGCCCCAACCCUACGCAGUGGCUCGGCGCGAGGGCAUAGAGUCUGCAGGACCUGCGGGGGUCUCAGCAGCCAGCUACUCCAGCACACAGUUUGACUCUGCUGGAAUGGCUUACUUAGAUGACAUUGCCUCCAUGCCCUGCCACACAGGCAGCAUCAACAGCACAGACAGUGAGCGCUGGAAAGCCAUCAAUGCCUGAGGGCACCUGGGCAUCGGGGAGGCCUGUAAGACACAUGGGCUCCCGCGUGGAGCAGAGUGCAGUUGAGGAACUCUGUCCCUGCACCCAAGGUCACAGGCUUCUUCCUGUUCUCUACCCCCAGUUCCCCUUUGCCACCUGUGUUCCAGCUUGGGACCCCUGCCUUCCCGGCACUACAUUCCUGCUGGGGUCCUGCCUGCCUGUCCCCUGUCCCUUCCCCAAAGCUCUCAGCCUCUUUAGCCACAGGGCUUCAGUGUGUAUAUUUUCUUGAUCUAUUUUUUAAUAAAAGCAAAAAGAAUAGUA